GGGCAAUUUCGAUUCUGUUUCUGAGCGGCUUGUCGUGAUCUGUCGCGACGUGAAAGGGGUCUAUCCGCCAAGCAAGCCGCCAUUUCGAGACAUUUCUCGUCGACCGAGAGACGCGCGUGGAGAAGGGCGGGAGAAAAUUCGGUAUUGAAACUGAAAAACAACUAAAAAAUUAAAAACCGAAAAUACAAAAAAAAGAGAGACGGUUAGGGAGAUAUAAUCCGACGAGAUUCAACACUUCUGAGGAGACAAACCGCCGGGAAAAAAGUGUUUUUUUUUUUGUUUUUAAAAUAAAAUAAAUCGUUGUGUUUUUCAUUGAGGAACGCCGGCGCGAGGAGUGGAUGCUGCAGUAAAAAACGGUGAAGAAUGACGCAGUUCCUUCCUCCGAACCUGCUGGCGCUGUUCGCGCCUCGGGACCCCGUACCGUACCUGCCCCCCCUGGAGAAACUGCCCCACGAGAAACACCACAACCAGCCCUACUCCGGGAUCGGCACCUUCAUCAGACACUUUGAGGACCCUCGCGACGCCCCGCCACCCACCAGAGCGGAAACGAGAGACGAGCGCUUGGAGAGAAAGAGACGAGAGAAGAUCGAGAAGAGACAGAGCGACGUGGAGACAGAGCUGAAGCUGUGGGACCCCCACAAUGACCCCAACGCUCAGGGCGAUGCUUUCAAGACCCUCUUCGUGGCCCGAGUGAAUUAUGACACCACUGAAUCCAAGCUGCGGCGUGAAUUCGAGGUGUACGGACCCAUCAAAAGGAUCUACAUCGUUUUCAACAAGAGCUCCGGAAAACCUCGCGGCUACGCCUUCAUAGAGUACGAACAUGAGCGAGACAUGCACUCUGCGUACAAGCACGCGGAUGGUAAGAAGAUAGACGGGCGGCGUGUGCUGGUGGACGUGGAGAGGGGCCGCACUGUCAAAGGCUGGCAGCCCCGCAGGCUGGGUGGGGGUCUAGGUGGCACCAGAAGGGGAGGGGCCGAUGUGAACAUCAAACAUUCGGGUCGUGACGACACCUCACGAUACGAUGAAAGGGAUCGCGAGAGAGGAGACAGCAGACAGCCGGAGAGAAGCCGUGAGCGAGAGAAGGAGAGAGGGGGCGGGGAGAGAGCGGAGAGGGGGGCCGACAGAGCGGAGAGAGGGGGCGGGGAGAGAGGGGUUGUGGAGAGAGGCGGAGGAGCCAGGCGGUCCAGGUCACGUGACCGUCGUCGCCGCACCACCCGCUCGCGGGAGAGAGAGAGGGGCCCGGGGGGCGAGAGAGUAGGAGGAGGGGCUGAGGAGGGAGCUGGAGGAGGAGGAAGCAGCAGGAGGAGAGAGAGGGGAGAGCGGGGAGAGAGGGAGAGAGGAGGUGGUGCUGUGGGAGCUGGAACGGGAGGAGGAGGGGGAGGGAGCAGAGAGAGGGAUCGAGGCAGCGAGAGGAAGCGGAGGAGCCGUAGCAGGGAGCGGAAGAGGGAUAGAGAGAGGGAACGAGACAGGGGAGUGAAGGAGGAGGGAGGAGGAGGGUUGGACACGGCGUCUCAGAGCUCGUUGCUGGAUGGGGGAGCCGGGGGCGAUAGCUUGGCAGAUGAUCAGAAUUCAAUUGGAGGGAAUAAUAAUUUAACAAACAGCAACGCGGAAGAAGGGGAGGCUGGGUUGGAAGAAGGGGGAGGGAGGAGCCGGGAGAGGGAGAGAGAGAGGGAGAAGGACAGGGAGAGGGACCGGGAGGGAGGCAGCAGGCGUCGGAGCCACCGAGACAAAGACAGAGAGAAGGACAGAGACAGAGGGGACCGCGGGGACAGAGAGAGACGCCGCGAUAGAGACCGGGGAGACAGGGAGCACAAGAGAGACAGGGAGAGGGGCGGGGACAGGGAGAGGGAGAGGGACCGAGAUAGGCAGGGACAGCCUCCCUCCGCCUCCUCCUCCAAUCAGGAGGGCGGGAACAACGGGCUGGGCACGCCCACCGGCACGGAGCAGGAAGGGGAGGAGCUGCCCUCACAGGAAAUGGAGGCAUUGCCCACGCAUGAACAGGAGGAGACAAGCCAGGAGGGGUUCCUGGAGCGGGAGGGGGGUCUGUCCAGGGAGGAGAGGGGGCUGGAAGGAGAGAAUGGGGUACAAGUGGAGAUGCAGGGGGAGGGGUAUUGAGAUGUGAGUCUGCCCUCCUUUCUUACCUUCUGUCUUUCUUUCUAUCUGUUUCUUUUUAUCCACAACUGUGUUAAACGCUGUAGGGGUGGAAUUAGGAAUGCUAAAAGAAACUUGGGUGAAUUCAAUGACCAGCGUUUAGACUAGAAGUCUUUCUCAGUGUCUUCAGUGUGAAUUCAAUGACUAACGACUAGAAGUCUUUCUCAGUGUCUUCAGUGUGAAUUCAAUGACUAACGACUAGAAGUCUUUCUCAGGGUCUCCAGUGAAAUUGAAGUUUCUUGUAGUAUUCCUUUGUUCAAUCAAGUCUUUUUUUUAUGUGUGAAUCAUUACUAAUUUGAAGUAUUUUUUCCCAGCACCCUUUUCUCAAAAACGUGGCAUUUUAUUUAAAUUAAAAUGUUACCCUCUUUCAAAGCUAUCACAUUUUAAUAUCUAGUUUAAAAAACAAAUUGUCUUGAGGAAUUGGGGGAAACUUUAGAAAUUAAAGUAUUGUAAAUUUAGACGAGAACCGUCUCUCUAAAUCUUACACCAAAUGAGUUUUGUAAAAAAAAAAAAAAUGUUUAAGAAAUAAAUUUAAAACACUUUAAAAUUGUUUGUAAUAAUCAAAUAGACAUCGGUACAUUUGGACCUGCCGAAUCAAGAUAAGGUUUUAUUAACUAAACUUUAUUUUCUUCCUAAAGAUUUUUGACAGCACAAACUUUCUUUCUCUUUUCAUACUCUGUCCCAGACUUCUCUCAAGGUUGAAUCAUCUUGUAGCGAUAUAGCAAACACUUCUAAAGUCACCACUGUGGGAAAAAAAAAUAAUUAAGAAACCCAUUUUCACGUGACAGCUGUUUUGUAAGUAUGUUUCUGAUAGAUUAUAGAUAUAUACACACAGUCCUAUUCUCCCCUCAGCCUGGUCUCCCAUAUCAUCCUGAACGGUUUUCAGAGUGCUUGUCUCUCUCAGCCCUGAGUUUAAACCGUUUGCUUGUUUGAAAGUCUUCUUGUAUCGAGGUUGGGUUGUGGACGCUGCUGUUGUGUUUAUCGGACGGACAGGAAGCCACAGAGACAUAAAAAGAGUCUCGGAAGACCUGUUCUGUUCUGUGUGGUUUGUACAUUGCUUUGGGAAUUCGUUCUCGUUUCUUUUCAAUAAAGGUCUUUUUUUUUAA